ACAAAUUUAUAAUGCAUUUUUAAAGGAGUUGAGAUGCUUUGUAAGCACUACCAGGUUAUUGCACUUUUUUUUAGUAAUGUAUAUAUAAUUUGAUGGUCACAAUUUGCUGCUGCUGGAAAGUGUAAAUGUAUAGUCUUAACUGCCAUAAUGUCAGAAAUGUUGUGUAUAUAACCUAAAUCAAUUUCCAUGAAACCUCAUGUUUCUGGCACUGCUUAUUGAUGCAGAACCAUUCUGGUCAAAAUAUUUUUAUUACUUUAUUAUACUUUUGCUUUAUCUCUUCCAAAGUCCUCCACUUAAAGCAGGACAGGGCAGGAAGCAAAACAGGGUUUUUUUCUACUGUCAUUUUUAUAAUUUAGUUUUUUGCAUAAUGUUCUAGUAUAAUUUUUCUUAGCCUAUUUUCUUUCAACAUCUUAUUUUCUUAGAAGAAAUGUAAGCAGGAAUGUGACUGGACACUUCUAGAUAUUCAAAACUUGCGAAAAGCUUUACUUAGGCUCUUUUUGUCUUCUGUAGGAGCAACAAUGGCUUUGCAGGGCUUGGUCUGAUCUUUUCCAGUGCUAGAACAAAGUUUGUUUGUUCCUAAAAGGUUUAAGACACACCCAGCAGAUGGAGUUACCUCUUCGACCUACACUGUUCGACUUCAAUGGAGUCUCCAUGACCAAAUACUUCACUGACAACUGGGUUAACAUACAGAGUUUCAAAGCAAGGCCAGAUGAUAUUGUGUUGGUGAGCUAUCCAAAAGCAGGGAACACAUGGGUCUCCUACAUCCUGGACCUUUUGUACUUCAGUCAAACAUCACCUGACCGACAGAACUCAGUGCCACUUCAUGAAAGAGUGCCAUUUCUGGAGAUCAGCAUACCAGGGUUUCCCUCUGGAGUGGAUGAACUGAAUUCAAUAAACAGCUUUCCACGCAUUAUCAAGACACACCUACCAGUCCAGUUUCUUCCCCAGUCCUUUUGGGAACAAAAUUCCAAGAUCAUCUAUGUAGCCCGCAAUGCAAAGGACACAGUUGUAUCUUAUUUUCAUUUUGACCGCAUGAAUAAGGCCCAGCCAGAGCCUGGAGACUGGAACAGUUUUCUGCAGAGAUUUGUGGAUGGAAAAAUGGUCUUUGGUUCCUGGAAUGACCAUGUGGGAGGCUGGUGGGAGAAGACAAAGACCAGAUCUAACAUCCUGUACUUGUUCUAUGAGGAUCUCAUUGAGGAUACUGAACGAGAAGUCAGCCGGAUCUGCUCCUUUCUGGAACUGUCACCCAGCACGGACCUAAAGAAAGAAGUAACAGAAAAAUCUCUCUUCAACAACAUGAAACACAACAAGAUGGCCAACGGCUCAGCUGAUGAAGUCUUGGAUUUCAAGAUCUCACCUUUCAUGCGCAAAGGAAAGGUUGGUGACUGGAAGAAUCAUUUCACUGUUAACCAGAAUGAGCAGUUUGAUGAAGACUAUCAAAGGAAGAUGAGAAAUAUUGAUCUAAGCUUUCGAACAGUUCUGUAACCGCCCAGUAACAGUAUUACCACUGAGCACAAAUAAAAACAAUCAUAAGAGCUUAA